GUUCUCCCCAUCGUUGCAUUGCCCUCUCACUACAUCGCAUCGCUGUAUGAUGACACGUCACCUCGCCUUGAUUGCUGGUCUUGCCUCCAGCCUUAUCACCUGUAUUGCUGCUUGGGAGACGCAGGAGCAAGCCGCCCAGCAAGUUCGCACUCUCCUCUCCUCUCCGCACGAGCACCAAGGCGUAGGCGUCCUCUCCACCCUCUACCCUCCCGGCUCAGACUCCCCUUCCCUUCCCCCUCCGCUCUCCGGCCACGAGUACUUCUGCCCCGCCUACUCCAACGGAGACCUCGCAUUCAUUGCUCUUCCCGUUUCCCAGAACUGGCGAAACGCCCUCUCCCACACGCCCAAUGGCGAACGGGUCAAUGUCAGUUUCGCCGUUGCGAGCAAUCCGGAUCCAGCGGUCCCCGACGCGCGACACCUUGGUAGUCAGGGUGAGGGGUGGGACCCGAAGCGUCCCAGCUGGCGGAGAGGUAUGCCGAGCAAGUUGCGCUUCACUCUCUUUGGGCAUAUGGAGCCGCUCAACUCGAGCUCGAGCGCGAGCUCCGUCGAGGAAGUUAGGAGCGCCUUCCUUCGUUGCCACCCAGAUGCGGCGCAUUGGGCGCCUGGAGCGAAGGAUAGCCCGCAUCAGGCCCUGUGGGUGCGCUUUGUCGUCGAGAAGAUCUAUGCUGUGGGUGGGUUCGGGGACGAGCAUCGUAUUGGGUGGAUCGACAGGGACGUGUACGCCAAGGCUGGACGCGAGGGGCACGGUGAAGGCGGGAAGGAGGAGCCGGUGCAGCGAGAAGGGGAAGAGGCGGCGACGGAAGGCGAGAUGCUGAGCAGCGGAGACGCUCUCUUCGCCGAUAAUGCUAAGGAGCAGAGGGGGGAGGGGCCACUCUUCCUCGCAGAGAUGGAAAUGCCUUUUUGUGCCAGAGUCGGAGGAGGAGGGGCCCCCUCGCAGCUACCCUUCCUUGCGCCGCACGAGGAUUGGUAGGUGGAGACGUAAUGCGAUUGAUGAUAUGCUACAGAUGAGU